GUUGGGAUUGUAACUUUUCAGAGAUUUGUCAAACACUCUGUAUUCUUUUUUCUGAAAUCCCUUUGGACUAGGUUAUAUGCAUACCUUGGUGAAUAUAGUUUUGCAGGUUUUGUGUAUUUAUUAUUAACACUUAUCAAUAACUUAAGUUACUGUUGUUUCUCUGUUCUUCCAUUCUUUUUGUAAUUCAUUUGUAAUUAUGAAGUAAUUGGCUCCCAAACUACUAACAUUACUUUGAGAAGUGUUCCAGAUUAAAUAAUGCUUUAGUAAAGGCCAUAAUGCUUGGGACUAACCUUGUUCUGGCAUGCAAGCUGGUGAAUUUGCCUUGCCUUGAUUUAAAAUAUCGUAAUUAUCUUUAGCUUUCUGACAGCUGAGGUUAUUCUAUACAGGCUAGUGUAGACUAUGUUAUUGGAUUAGGCUUAUGCCAGCGUUAUUUUGUUGCUUCUGGAAUGAUGGGAGGACCUGAGUUUAGAAUAUUACUGAACAUUUCUGGAAGCAACAAAAACUGAGCUCGCACUAGCCCUUUUCUUUGUAUAUCAGCUGGUUUUAGAAUUUAAGUGUUUUUUCUUUAUUUUUUGUUUGUUUGUGCCGGUUCAACUUGCAUUGAGCCGGGUCUUGUAUUUACUAAAUCCUUUUUGUGCAGAUUAUUUACACUUGCCAAGUUACGCAUGCAUUUUAAUAAAAUUACAAGAUCUGUAUUUGGAAGGUACGAUCUUGAAUGUGUAGGUAUUGGUUUGCAAACAACUAAAUAGUUUUGAUGCUAAGUUAUGGAUGAGGAAGCAUUGUGGUGAGAAUAUAACUUAGCCGUACUAAAAUCUGCUAUUUGUUGCGGAUGUAAAUGUACCUUCCAGUGCUUUGAUAUGUUCUUUAGGAUGGAUUGGUGUUAUAUACGCUAACAAAUAUGAAAUUGCUAUUUUGCACUUUUAUGCGCACAUGUUUCUGUGUAUUGUGUAUGUUUGAUAAUGUUAUCAACUCAACAAUCUGUAAAGCAUUAUCAUCAUGGCACUUUUUCAUUCUUUUAAUAAUCUUUUUGUCCAUAGCAUUAAAAAAUGAUGAUUGGGCCCAACCUUAAGGCUUGCUUUUAAGUAUCCUUGACGUCACAGGUUCAACUCACAGAAACCUUGUUGCCUGCAAUGGGGUUAAGGCUACAUACAUCUUGCUCUCCACAGACCUUGUCUUAGUGGGAGUCUCAUACAUUGGGUUACCCUUUAGUACAUAGUGUCAAAAAAUAGUACGUGAUAUGCAUGUAUCUUCAGAUCAAGUGACAAUAAGAGUGUCAUUUUGCACUUUACUGUUUCAUAUUACAUCGGUGUCUUCUGCUGUGAUCUUUGUUAGAUCUGUUGGUCUAUUGUCACUAACUCAUCAUGGUGAUGGUGCAAAUGUCGAUUUGUCUCUGCGUUGAGAGUUUUGCUUUUUAAUUGUGCUUUUAUACUUGACUGUUUAAUUUGGCUUUUUUAACAUAACUCCUGUGGCAUUUGGGAAUGUUAUUUUAUCUUGAUUUCAGCUUUAGAAGCAGGGUGGCAGUUAUGUCUGAGCAGCUGGCGCGAUAAGGAUCCCUUGUUCAUAUGCUGAGGAAUCUUCUAUGGGCAACCUCAAAACAUGAUGUGUACCUUGUGCAAAACUACUCCGUAAUGCACUGGUCCCCACUUUUAAGGAGGGGCAAAGAAGUAAUAAAUGUUGCUAAACCAAUUGUACCCCCAUUGAAAUUUCCUGGAGCCUUGGCUCAGACACUCUCCAGAGUCCAAAUAAGCACCAUGGCUGUUAAAGAUAAUCUACUGGUUGCAGGUGGUUUUCAGGGGGAGCUUAUCUGCAAGAACUUAAACCAGUCUGGGGUUGCCUUCAGCACAAAAGUAAGCACAGAUGAAAAUGCUAUAACUAAUGCAGUGGACAUAUGCCACAAUUCCAAUGGCUCUGUUCGGGUCACAGCGGCAAAUAACGAUGCUCAGGUCAGGGUUUUUGAUGCUGGGAAUUUCCAAUGUGUUGGUCAUUUCUCCUUCCCUUGGUCCGUGAAUAACACUGCUGUCAGUCCUGAUGGUAAAUUGCUGGCAGUCCUAGGGGACAGUGCAGACUGUUUGCUUGCUGAUGCUCAGUCCGGGAAGGUCCUUGGGAAUCUCAAGGGGCACUUGGAUUAUUCGUUUUCUUCAGCUUGGCACCCAGAUGGGCAAAUUUUGGCCACAGGAAACCAGGAUACCACUUGCAGACUCUGGGACAUUAGAAACCUGUCCGAGUCUCUCUGUGUUCUCAAGGGAAGGAUGGGUGCAAUCAGAGCUGUGAGGUUCACAUCAGAUGGCCGGUUCAUGGCUAUGGCCGAGCCAGCGGACUUUGUUCAUAUCUUUGAUACACAGUCUAAUUAUGCCCAGGCACAAGAGAUCGAUCUGUUUGGAGAGAUUGCUGGAAUUUCCUUCAGCCCCGACACAGAAGCCCUUUUUGUUGGCAUUGCAGAUCGGACAUAUGGUAGCUUAUUAGAGUUCAACAGGAAGCAUUAUAACCAUUAUCUGGAUUCCAUGUUUUAGAAGCUGCUUGCCCAUGCAUCAUCCGAGACGACUUGGCUUGCGUUCAUAUAUAAAGAUCAAUGUGUAAAUUGCAUGGUCUUGUUGUCGAGUAUGCUCGUAGCAUAGCCUCAGGAAUUGACAUACCCUUGUUUUUUAAGAUUCUAGAUAUAUCAAUACCUCCAGCUUAUCCUCCUGCAGUUGGCGAGGAACAGGUUUGAGAGUUGAUGGUUUCUACUAUUAGCCAGAUUAUGUUUCUGCCAAAUAUGUUUUGAAGUAGAAGUGGGAAAAAGAAAUUUUGCAAUAUGUAAAGGUCUUUUUUGGCGUUAGUUUUGUACGAUUUAAUGGUGUAUUUCAUUUAUUCAGUUGGGUUUUGGGUUUUUAUGUUUUCUUUGAAGAAUCUUGAUAUUGAGAAAAAAGUGAAUUGAAAAUGUAUAGCUUGAAGCAUAUAGGCUAUAGCAACUCGGUGUUUACAUGUGUGUUUUGAAGAUUUGUUCGAUAAAUUUUCUUGUUAUGCAAGUUGGUCUUGUUUCUUUGA